ACUUAUAUCAACAUCCUCAAGUUUUUAUUUUGAACCAACAUAUUGCUUAGAAUCAUCCAUACACCUUAGCAUAGAGUGACCAGAAAGAAACCAUCCACACCAUGGCCUACAACCCCAAAGUCGGUGAUCCGAUCACCAGCCUGGACACCCCAUCCAUGAUCGUCGACCUCGACCAAAUGGAAUCCAACAUAUCAAAACUCAUGUCGCAGCUCCUCCCGACGGGAGUCUCCAUUCGCCCACACCUCAAGACCACCAAAUCCGCGCUCCUCGCCCGGCGCCUCAACACCGCCGGCGCAAAAGGUGGCUGCGUCGCCAAACUUAGCGAAGCCGAAGUCAUCUGCGACCUGGGCUUUACCGACCUACUCAUCACGUGCGAAGUCAUCGGCGCCCCCAAGGUUCGCCGCUUGGUCGAGCUCUUCCACAAAUACCGCUCCAUUCGCAUCGUCGUGGACAGCGAGGCGGGCGCGAGCAAGAUCGACGAGGCGUUGGCGGCCAGCGGGAUCGAAGAACCGAUCAUGACGCUCAUCGACCUGGAUGUCGGGCUCCACAGGACGGGCGUGAAGCCCGGGGAGCCAGCGCGCAAACUCGCGAGACAUGUCGCCGGGCUGAAGCAUUUGAAGUUGAUCGGCGUGCAGGGGUACGAAGGGCAUCUGCAGCACCUGCACGACCGGGAGGAGAGGAAAACGCUGUGUCUCGAGUCUAUGGCCGUGCUAACGCAGACCGCGGAUGCGUUUAGGCAGGACGGCCAUGCGAUUGAGGUUGUGACGACCGGAGGAACGGGGACGGCGGAGUUCUGUGUCAGUGUGCCUGGCGUGACGGAGGUUCAGCCGGGGUCGUUUCUCUUCAUGGAUACGGAUUACCGGAAUGCCAUCGGGACGAAGUACUCGAAUAGUUUGACGGUGCUUUCAACGGUGAUAAGUAAGCAAGGGCCUAAGGCGGUGACUAUCGACGCCGGGUUGAAGAGUUUGACGACGGAUAGUGGGCUUGCGGAGUGUAAGAAGUCAGGGUAUAGGUAUGGGGUGUUGGGGGACGAGCAUGGGAGUUUGAUGUGGGAUGAGGGGGAGGAGGAUUUGGACGUUGAAGAUAAGGUCGAGAUGGUGCCGAGCCAUAUCGAUCCGACGAUCAACUUGCAUGAUUGCUAUUAUGCGCAUCGUAAGGGGAUCAUUGAGGAGAUUUGGCAGGUGGAUGCGAGGGGCAAGGUUCAGUGAGGUGUGUAGGGAGGUAGGAUGGGAUUGAAGCUGGGAUGUUGAUUUGGUCAUAUAUACAAUUAGCUGCUCACUACAGAGGUAACCAAAAAGGCCUCAAGAUGCAUGCAAGUCUUGUUUGGAGAUAUGGUACUGUACACAACUAAUCUGAUGUCCAAUGUUCCCUAGCCCACGGUUCAACCUGAACAUGACAAAGGUAUGAUUUUGCCGGCACAUACUAGAUCUCUCUAUGGCCAAAAAGCUGCUCGGACAGCAUAAGACGGGC